AUGUCUGCGUCAAAUGGAUUGUAUGAGUCAUGGAUUGAGAACGCCAUAAGUAAUCAACAUAUUCAGCUUUUUAGCCAUGGAGAUUUUAAAAAUAAGGAUAAUUGCGGAAAAGGUGGAUUAGGUCAAAUCAAGCGUGCUGAUUGGCAAUAUUUAGAUGGAAAAGUAGCAUUAAAGGAAUUAUUGGAUUACAAUAUUAAAAGAUUCGUACAAGAGGUGAAAAUGCAUAUCUCAUGUCAUUGGAGCGAAUAUGUUGUACGUUUCUUUGGAUUGACAAAAGAAUCUCCAAACAAUAAGUACAUGAUGGUUAUGGAAUAUGCCAACUUUAAAAGUCUUCGAAAUUUUUUAAAAGUUAAAGGCGUAACAAACAUCGAUUGGGAGGUCAAAUUUAAACUUUCGCUUGACAUAGCCAAAGGGCUUAAUUGCCUACACUCUCGUAAAAUCAUUCAUCGUGAUUUGCAUACUGAUAAUAUAGUAAUAAAUCAAAUAUUUUGGAAGACAAGUUGUUGUCAACCGGAAUUUAUAGCAAAAAUCACAGAUUUUGGGGAAGCAAUAUUUAAGGAUGAGAUUUUGAAUGAAAACGGCGGUUUUGGUCAGCCUGAAUUCACAGAUCCCAAUUAUUUAGAUCGUGGGAUAAAAAGAGAUGAAAGAUCGGACAUUUAUGGUUUGGGAGUUAUUUUUUGGGAAAUUUCAUCCGGUAAAAUGCCAUUUGAAAAAUAUGCUCGUGACUCUGGGAACGAUAUUUUACUUUUAACAAUUCAGAUAAUAAGUGGAAAACGUGAAAAGGUACCUGAAGAAACUCCAGAAUGUUAUUCGCUACUCUAUCGAGAUUGUUGGAACCUUGAUCAAAGUAAACGACCGACACUUGAAAAAAUUAUCAAGGUUUUAAAUAAAUCUGUUUCCAAUGCGGAAGAUAUAGAAGAUGCCAGUACUCUGAGCUUUGAUGAAGAAACUAACAAUGAAUCGGAUAAUAAUGAAUUGAAUAUUGAAUAUUUAGGUUUCUUAAUUAAGGAUACUUAA